AUGCCCUCAGCCACGGGCCAGUCCUGGGAGAAGUACCAGAAGAACUUCGCCGAUGAUGAGGUAGAAGAGAAGAAGAUCACACCGCUCACAGACGAAGAUAUCCAAGUACUCAAAACAUAUGGAGCCGCACCCUAUGGCGCAGAGCUCAAGAAGCUCGAAAAGGAGAUCAAGGAUAAGCAGCAGACGAUAAACGAGAAGAUUGGUGUCAAAGAAUCAGACACCGGUCUCGCGCCUCCACAUCUCUGGGAUAUCGCUGCCGAUCGGCAACGGAUGCAAGAAGAGCAGCCCCUCCAAGUCGCCCGCUGCACCAAGAUAAUACAGGACGACAAAGACCCGGACAAGAGCAAAUAUGUCAUCAACGUCAAGCAAAUCGCCAAGUUCGUCGUCAACCUUGGAGAGCGCGUCUCGCCCACGGAUAUCGAGGAGGGCAUGCGUGUGGGUGUCGACCGUAACAAGUACCAGAUUAUGCUGCCACUGCCACCCAAGAUCGACCCCUCGGUCACCAUGAUGACGGUCGAGGACAAGCCUGAUGUCACGUACGGAGACGUGGGAGGUUGCAAAGAGCAGAUUGAGAAGCUACGAGAAGUCGUCGAGAUGCCCUUGCUAUCACCAGAACGCUUCGUCAAUCUCGGUAUCGAUCCUCCCAAGGGGGCUCUUCUCUACGGUCCCCCAGGUACCGGAAAGACACUUUGUGCGCGAGCCGUGGCCAAUCGCACAGACGCCACCUUCAUCCGCGUCAUCGGUUCGGAACUGGUACAAAAGUACGUCGGCGAGGGAGCACGCAUGGUACGAGAGCUGUUCGAGAUGGCACGGACAAAGAAGGCCUGUAUCAUCUUCUUUGACGAAAUCGACGCUGUAGGCGGUGCCCGUUUCGACGACGGAGCUGGAGGCGACAAUGAAGUACAACGUACCAUGCUGGAGCUCAUCACCCAGCUCGAUGGUUUUGACGCGCGUGGAAAUAUCAAGGUAAUGUUCGCUACCAACCGGCCCUCGACGCUCGACCCUGCGCUCAUGCGUCCCGGCCGUAUCGACCGGAAAAUUGAAUUCUCCCUGCCGGACAUGGAGGGCCGCGCAAAUAUCCUCCGUAUCCACGCCAAGAGCAUGAGCGUCGAGCGCGAUAUUCGUUGGGAGCUCAUUUCGCGUCUCUGCCCGAACAGCACGGGUGCAGAGCUGAGGAGUGUGGCUACGGAAGCGGGAAUCUUUGCCGUGCGGCAGCGUCGCAAAGUCGCGACAGAAAAGGACUUUCUCGCCGCUGUGGACAAGGUGAUCAAAGCCAACAUGAAGUUCAACAGCACUGCAGUGUACGCUCAGUAUAAUUAA